UCGCUGAUAUAUUUGCAAGCGUGUCGCACCCAAGCUGUGCGCCCGCCUUCCAUCCUCUCAUCCCUCCCAUUACCUGCGCCAUCUGCUCGCCAUCUGCCACCUACGUCUAUAUCUGAAGCGAGCUCUCUGAAUGCGUCUUCUGGCGACCCAGUAACCGACCUUGCCGCUCAGGAUCUACUCUUGUCCCCGUCCGACACCCUACCACCACCAUCCUCAACGUUUCCACUCGGCUCUGCACCCCUUAUGCCAGCAGACCCUUUUCCAAUCUCCGAAAAGUCCGCCAGCACGGCUGCGUCAACGACGUCCGUGGGCAAGCCCGCGUUCCUCCAGAACUCGGCGGCGCUACAGGAAGAGAUGUCCGAGCAGCUCGUCAACAUGGCGGCGCAGCUGAAGCGCAACAUGAUACACUUUGCCGGUGCGCUCGAGAAGGAUAAGGCGGUCGUACAAGAGGCGCAGGAGAAGGUCGGGAGGAACUACGAUAUGAUGACCAAGGAGCGCGUCCGGCUGCGCGACCACACAUCGAAGAGCUGGGGCACCACCUGGCUCGUCAUCCUGAGCAUGGUUGUCGUCGUUAUUGGAUUCAUCCUGUCGUUCUUCGUCAUCAGGCUCACUUGAUUGUAUUACCUCACUAUUUCUGCAGUAUAUUACACGUUCAGUGUGCUGAAAGCUGCGCGGAAGAGACUAUGUGACUAAUCUCCCGAAUAUGCAUACAACUUAUCCGUUCUCUGCAUUCAGUGUACCCUGUCCCUGUCUGAUUCCUCGAUGGGCUUAGGCUUCAUCGCGUCGCGCCCUGAGAUCGAGAUAUCGUAAUAACCUUGCCCUUGCAGAUCGCCUAUCCCGCGUCUGCGUGAACGAGGUGCGUUUCAGCACACCGAUGAGGACUAGUUGAUCAUACAUGGCCGGGUAGCUCAACCCAUACUGUGAGUAAUGGACGCGGAGACUCCAUUGAGCGCAGCAGCUCCCUUUUGGAGGUUAGCACCGCACCAGGUCUCGAGACCUUUCACACACGGUGACUAAGGGUUCUGCAUCCCCCGCGGGAUGCCUCCGGCCGCUCUGUUUGUCAUGUAGCGGCGUGCUAAAGUUAAAGGAUCUGAGAGGGUAGGAAAC